CUGUAGAAGAUGUUUUAAAUGAAUAAUCAGAUAUAUUUCAGCAAAGUCAAUAUUAUAUAAAUGAUAUAUAGACCUGUUAAGAACUACGAGAUCAACGAGCCUCUUUUAAACGCAGUUACGUCAAGUUACGAUGGCGAGUGAUGCAACAGCCGUGGAGCAGCGACACCUAGUGGACACUCAUUUACACUCUUGCUGACUCUGGGGUUGUUAAAAAGGCGAUAUUUGGCCCUCGCCGGAGGUGAAUGUCUAAGUCCAUCUGCCAACGGUUUACUGAAACAAGUGGUGGAAGAAGAAUUGAUCAAAAUGCAGGACGUAACCAAAAGCGGAAGUGAGUCGGAGACAAAGGAGGACACACCGAACAAAAGAAAGAGAGAAAGAGAAAAGCACUCUGCGAGUGAGAGUGAAUGUGAGGUUGAGUCCAAGCAAAAGAAGUCUCGUCGUUAUGUCAACUCCAAGCCUGCAGAAUCAGAAGAUAAAGAGGACAGCAGCGAAGAAAGUGUGGCAAGUGAGGAAGAAGAAGAAACGAAAACUAGAGCAGGUGAUGCAGUGCAGGAGAUAACAAAUGCAGAGCGUCAAGAAGACUCUGAAGACGAGGAAGUAGAUGCAGAGUUAAAAAGCAACACACCAAAGACGAAAACAGACAGUGAGGAAGACGAGGAUGAAAGUGACUCAGACCAGAGCGACACGCAAAACGCUUCUGAUGGAAGCAAAAAAGAGGAAAAAGUUCUGGCAGAGAAAAACACAAACCAGACAGAUUCUGAUUCAUCAUCUCUGCCCUCUCUGGAUGAUGAUCAAGAAAUAGAGAGACAAAAAAAGCAAGUCAAGAGUAAGGAAGACAAAGAUCAAGACGUUGGAAAAAAGAAAUCGAGAAAAAGAGAAGAAAAUGGUGGCGAAAAAAGUCAGAAGGAUAACCACAAGGCAGUCGUGAGGCUCAAACGCUACAUUUCUCUGUGUGGCGAGAGGCGCAAUUACAAGAAGCUGCUGGGUGAUUGUAGGAGUGUUCGCUCCAUGGUUGCUGUUCUAAAGAAGGAGCUGGAAGAUCUUGGUGUUCACGGUCAGCCAUCCAUAGAGAAAUGUAAAAAGUUACGUCGCAAAAAAGAUGAAGCUAAAGAACUUGCUGAACUGGAUGUCAACAACAUAAUUGAAACACAAGGUCGACCUAAAGGGAGAGGAGCCGUUGCGCAACACGGACAACGUGACCCCGCGCCCUGCGCGUACCAGCGGUCAUUGAACUCUGGCUCCGGUAGCGAUCAGGAAAACGACACACAGCGAGGACGCAGAAAAACAGACUGGGCCAACCUCCAAGGAAUCAUCAGCGAUGAUGCGGACAGUGACUGAGGCAGUUAUUGUUUGGUUGUUAGCAACAUUAAGAAACUUUCACGAAAUUAUAUAAGAAACAGCUAAUUACAUUUUGUGGAUGAUCUGGAUCUUUGUCCGGGUUUCCGGAUGUUUUUCUAAGAAUUCUUAACUAUUUGGAGAUAGGGCCUAGAUCUCCAACUGUUUUUCUAGUUUUUCAUGCAAGUAUUUAGAAAGAGACUAUUCUUUUUAUCACUGUUAUAAAAUGCUUAUUUCAAUUAUGAGUUACCGUACAUUUGAUGCAGUGUGUUGUACAGAAUGUUAUAUAAAUGUUGAUGACACCUUAAACAAUAAAAUGAACACAAUGAUUCACAUUUAAAAAUAGUUUUAUUGCAGCAUGGCAGUGUAAUCUUAAAUUUUCCAAAUUUUAACACCUGCAAGGAGCACAAACAUGUCCAACUAAAAACAAGUGACGAACAGUAGUUCAGGGGCGUCUAGAGUUGUACACUGAGUGCUGCUUACUGAACAAGGAUGAGGAUGCAUUUUGAUAUUUUUAAUUUUAAAACCAAUACAAUGUACACAUUAUAAAAA